AUGUUAUCAAACGGCGGAUUCUACUUGGGAAAACUCCUUUCGAACCCAGAAAUUCGAGAAGAUUCUGUGAAAAUUCUCAAAAUCCUUCUGAAACGUCACACAAAAGUGUUGGAUCGACAAUUGUCCUCAAGUCAAUGCUCAGAACAUGUUAUUCAGCUGUUUUUUGAUGAAUCCGACAAAUAUCGACAAUUUGUUAUUGAUUUGUUUUCGAACACUGUUUGUAUUAGGGAACAGUAGGUUUUUUUUUGCCGGAUUUGGAGGGGAGAGGAGGGGGGAAGGGGGGAUUUGAAAAUUUUGACGCCAACAAUUAAUGUGAAAAUUUGAAAGUUCAAAGUUGAUUUAUUGGACUAAAAUAUUUUUUACAAUGUUAAAGCGAAAAUUGAGAUAAAUUGUUUUAUCCAAAUAAAAACCUACCUCAUUUUCUUCACAUUUCCAAAAUUGUCAAAAUUUUCUGGCGAUUUCAGAAUCAGAAAUGAAAUAAAAAAAACGUGAUUUGAUUUUCAGCAACUGUUUUCAAUUGACCUCGAUACAAAAAAGUUUAUUGAUGGGCUAAUAAAGUUCAAGAAAAAUUAAAAGCGAGAAAUUUAAUCGAUAUAGGCUUCUUUCUGAAAUUUAUUUGAAAAUCUGGAGACAAUUCUCUCUCCUAAAUAUUACUUAUAAUCUUUGAAUUUAUCUGAAUAUAUUGUCUCACAUUGCGCUGCUCUUCUAUACAAAAAUGGUGCAACUUUCAUCCAACCAAAAACCAUUAAAUCUCCACAUUCUUCUUUAAAAUAAUCGAUCAAACAUCCAUCUCUUCCCCAUAUUUGAUUACAAAUGUCUCCACUUCGGGAAUUAAAACAACUUUGGCGUUUUUCAUCUUCCGAUUCGGUUUCAUCUCUCAAUUUUGUGAGACAUGGAAAAUAGGUGUUUGUGGUGAAUUUAAGGACCGCGAAGAUUCGUAAAAUCAAGAUGUCUUUCGAUUUUUCGAUCUUUUUGUUCGUUUUUGAUAAAUUGGAGAUGCAAUUCUGUAUAAUAUGAGCAAUGUGGUUAUAUUUAUGAAGUUAGAAACCAACCACAAUAAAAUCAUAAGCUUCAGCCGAUUGUUGAUCAAUCCAAGGGUCAGAUAUACGUAUGGGAAGUUCUGAACUUUUGCGAUGUAACUUGAGUGCAUCGAAGUAACAAUACUUUAGAUGUGUUUCGUUUUUAUUGGAAACAUAGUUAUCGAGAGAAACGAUUGAGAAAACUUGAGGAAUUAGAAAGAGAAAAAUAAACAAGAACUUCAUUUUGCUCUGAAAUGAUGGAUGCAUGAACUUUUAUAUGCUACUUUCAGCAGCUGUGUUCUAUUGGCAGAGUUUCAGAUGUGAACUUUCGAUGAAAAAGUGCAAAGAUUCACAUUUUCAUUACGUCGCGCCCACACAAAAACACAUAUUGGCUAGGUUUUUGACUUCCAAAAAAUGUGCGCAAUGAUCAUCUGAAGAUUUUUGCCCCGUACAAGCGUUCAGAGCUUGUGUGUCAUAUGGCGGAGCCUAGAAAGCCUAGAUUUUUCAGAGACAACAAACUUUUUACAACAAUUUUUAUAUUAAAUAAUGUUUCGAAUAAUAUUCUUGAACUAAUUUCAAAUUUUCAAAAAAAUUGACAUUUGGAGUUUCGAGAAAUGAUUAUUUUUUCUUGAAAAGUUUUCUGAAUUUUUAAGUUUUCAAAGCUCCUCGUUUUCCAAACUUUUAUAUGAUUUUUUCUAGUUUCCUUACAGUUUCCGGACUUCUGAAGAUUCUGAAACUAUGAUUUAUUAUCAAAACUAUUGAUUUUGAAAUGUAGAAACAGUUUUUCAGAGUUUUUGAAAAACGAGACACAUAGACAAAAGUAAUAUAGAAAAUCAUCCCAGAUUAUGUAGAUUUUGAUAAUAUAAUUUUUUUGUAAAAUUUUUUAUUCUGAAAUGUAGAAAACCAUGCUCAAAAAUUUUGAUAUGAGAUACGCAAAGAAAAAAAGAUGCCUUUGCAAAAUUGGACUAUUUCAAUCUCUUUUUCUCUGUUCUCUCUCUUUUUUCCAUUAUGUUUUUCUGUGCCUGCGAAAAUUAUUUUCAGCAUUUUCUACAUUUCAAAACCAGAAUUUUCUGGAAUUUUGUAUAUUUUUAGAAUCUGGAGGGCGCGGGAGAAAUUAAUUUGAAAUUCCAACUAUUUUCAAAAAAUAUGGGGGUUUUUGUAGGUUUUCAGCCAAAAAAAUCAAGAUCUGAAAUGCCAAUUUUGAAAAGUUUUAACACAAAAAAUAGAUCACCUGAGAAAUAUUGAAAUUUUGAAAAUUUCGCCGCCAAAAAUCCACGUGGAAGUUGGGAACAAUUCAAUGUUUUUUGUUUUUUCAGAAUGGAAAACGAUGAAUUCAUCCACAAACUUCUCGAAUCGCAUAUUCCGGAAAGAAUUCGAAUGCUUGCCGCAUUUUCACAAACAGCUUGGGGAAGAGCAAGUUUGAGAACAUCUGGAGCUCUUGAUAUUCUGAUUAAUCGAUUAUCAAAUUCUAAAGAUAAUCAAGAAAGAUCAGCAAUUGUAAAUUCAUUUCGACAUUUGAUUCAUUAUACAGCUGGAAUGAGACAUUUAAGUGAAAAUAUUGAAUUUGUGAAUACUGUUGUGAAAGAUGUCAAUAAUUAUGUGAAAAAUCAUCAAAGUAAUUGCAAGCCAACUAUUGAUUUGGAAUUUGUCACGAAAUUAAGUCAAAAAUUGGAGAUUUUAUCGAGUUCUGGUGAGAAUUCCGGUGAAAAAUCAAUGGAAAAUGAAGAAAGAAGACUUUAUAAGGAUUUUUAUACAACGAGUUGGUCAUAUUCAACACCAAAUAUGUCACCAAAAGGGAUGGGUUCUUCGUCGAAUUCACCCUAUUAUUUUUCGCCAUCGCCAAGUUAUAGUUGUCCGUCGAGUAGUGCGUCGAGUGGAGCGAAUUCGCCGAAAAUUAGGUGAGCCUUAUUUCAGCGUGUUUUUUUCGCGCAAAAAUAACAAAUCAAGAAAAUAUACGUUUCAUGAAAAAAAACUAUUUUUGGUCAACGUAACACCGCUCACCCAUCAUUUUGUUUUGUUGAAUAACCGAGUUAUACAAAUGCUGAAACAGUGAAAUUUUCGGAUAUGAAAAAUUAUUUUUUUUUACAAAAAUUCAAAUUUAAGGAACUAAGUCGUGAAAUUAAUUAUGCUCAUUGGAAUUUGAAAUUUUUGAAAUUUUCUGCAGAUUUUCAACGUUUUAGUUUCAAAAAGAUUCUUCAGAUUUUUGCGGAGGCAAAAAGAUUAUUAACAUUUUUAUUUUGUUGAAAAAUAACCUUUCAUUAAAUUUGAAACAGUGGAUUUUUCAAAUUUACAGUUGUAUAGGAUAAAGUUCUCCCAUCACUGUGUUCUGUUGAAUAAAGAAAUAAUGCAAAUGUUGAAACAGUGAAAUUUUGAGAAUAAACAACUUUCUAGAAUUUUGAAACAGGUUUUUUUAUAGUUUAUGAAGCAGAUAUAGAAUCAAAAAACCAAGAAAAUCUUCAAUUUACAAAUAAUUUUUGAAACAGUGAGAUUCGUAAAAUUUUUAGGAUUUGAAAAGUCGAUGAAAAUUCAACAAUUUUUGAUUUUUCCGCAGAGCUAAAUCAAACCUUACCUCUUUUAAUUAAAAAAAAACAAACAAAUUUUUGCAGACGUUCUGAAGGAAUAUUGGAUGAUUUGAGUGACAUCGAAUCCGAUCAUGAUAUCGAACCUAUAAUCGAAAAUAAAACUGAAAAAUCAAUAGUCGAAACUGAAUUAUGGCUUCUUGGUUUUCAAUCGCAAGAUGAUCAUAAUCUUCAAUUCCUAGUUCGCCCAGAUGUUGUUGAUUGUGUCAUUUCAUAUCUUCGAAAUACAUUCGAACCCGAUUUUCGUUUAUAUCGAAUUCUUCGUCGAAUGGCAACACUUCGUGCAAAUAUUCAUUUAUUAAUUGAUAUGCAAUUUCAUGUUCGAGUUUUGAAUUGUUUAUGCGCGGCUCCUUGUCGAUUAUUGAAAUAUGCGAAACAUUGUAAACAAUGUGAAGGAUGUUCGGAACAUGGAAAAGAGAUUUUGAGAGAAUUUGCACGGCAUGUUGAUAGCAGUUAUGGUGAUGCUCAUAUUAAUGCAAUGUUUAAUAAUUUGGAUUUUGUGGAUCGAACCAAAGCGGCUAUUGCUAAAGUUGUUCUUGUUAAGUGAGUUAGGGUUGGGGUUCCUAAUUUUUUGGCUGAAAACCUACAAAACUUGAAAUUUGUUUCAAUAUAAUAGAACAUUUCAAAAGUAAAAAAAAACAUUGAAUUUUUCCCAACUUCCACGUCGAUUUUUGGCGCCAAAAUCUUUACAAUUUAAAUGUUUUUCAAGUGAUCUAUAUUUUAUGCUAAAUAUUUUCAAAAUUGACAUUUCAGAUCUUGAAUUUUUUGGCUGAAAACCUACAAAAACUCCUAAAUGUUUUCAAAAUAGUUGGAGUUUCAAAUUGAUUUUUCUCCCGCGCUUUCCAGAUUCUGAAAAUAUACAAAAUUCCAGAAAAUUCUAGUUUUGAAAUGUUGAAAAUGCUGAAAUUAAUAUUUGCAGGCACAGAAAAAUAUAUUGGAAAAAAGAGAGAGAACAGAGAAAAAGAGAUUGAAAUAGUCCAAUAUUUGCAAGGCUUCUUUUUUUCUCUGCGUCUCUCAUAUCAAAAUUUUGAACAUGAUUUUCUACACUUCAAAAUCAAAAAUUUCCAGGAAAAAUUAUAUUUUGAAAAUCUACAGAAUCUGGGAUAACUUUCUGAAUUAUUUUUUUCUCUGCAUCUCUUCUUUCAAAAAGUUUGAAAAACUGUUUCUACAUUUCAAAUCCAACAUUUUUUUAAAUAAAUUAUAUUUUCAGAAUCUUCAGAAGUCGGGAAAAUAUUAGGAAACUAGAAAAACCCAUUAAAAUGUUUGGAAAAUGUAGUGACACUGAAAACUUAAAAAUUCAGAAAACUUUUCAAGAAAAAAUAAUUGUUUCUCGAAAUUCCAAGUAUCAAUUUCUUUGAAAUUUUGAAAUUAAUUCAAGAAUAUUAUUCGCAACAUUAUUUAAAAAGAAAAUUGUCGAAAAAAGUUAAUUGUCUCUGUAAAAAUGCUGAAACUUGAACCUACCUCGAGUAAAUUGGCACAUUGCUCAGCUGAAACUACAGUACUACAAAUUCCCGAACAUUCCAAAAGUAAAUGAACAAAUAUUCGAAAUGUUUCGGGAUCCGAAUCAAUUUCAAAAUUCCUGAUAUUUUCCGUUUUUCUACAAAAUUUGAGCUAAACAUUCCUUGAAAAUAUUCACUUUUCUCACAAAUUUUGAACAUUGGAGCUGUUCUCAUUGGAAAUUGAUAUAAACAAAUAGCCUGAAAAUUAUACGUAUCACCGAAAAUUUAUUGAUUGUUUUAUAUCUGAUCUUUCGGUCACUCAGUUUUCAAUAUAUGGAAUAAAAAUCUGAAAAAAAUCGAUUUUUUUGCAGAGAACGAAUUCGAGUUGCUAAAAUUCCAGCAGUCAGCGAACUUUUCGAAUCACUUGGUUUUAUUCUGGAAUCGCCAGAAAAUUUCGAUAAAUUUGGAAAUGUGAAGACUUAUGAAAAUGGGGUAGGUUUUGAAAUACUGAACCCAUCGAAAAUUGGGAUCAUCAAAAAUUCUCAUUAUUUUUUUGAAACAGUGAAGUUUUUCUUGAUUUUUUAAAUGGCUAGCAAAAACCAAAAAAUCAAUUUUUUGAAUUUCGAAAAUUAUUAUGAAAAAAAUAUUAUGAAACAAUGAAAUUUUUAGGUUUUCGGGGAAUUUAGAUGAAAUAAUAUUGGAUCAAAAAGUCAACCGGGAUUUUGAGUUAGUCGAAGGUUCAGAUCAUUUACAGUAGAAUUUUAGACUGCAGAUCAAAUUUUAGCGCCAAAAACCAUGUGGCAAAUUUGAAAUUUCAAAAAUUAUUUUUUUCAGCCCACUCUUUGCUCUCAAAUAAUUGGAGCAUUAUCCACAUUGAUAACUGGACAGAAAAUCAAAGAUUUAUGCGAAAAAGAUAGCUGGUAUUUUCCUGGAAAAUCUGAAGAUCAAUGUGAAAUCAAAGCAGAAAACAAUGAAGAUUCUGAACAAUUGAAAUUUAUAUCAAUUUCCUCUAAUGAGAAUAUCGAAACAGCUCCAAUGUGCAAAAUUUGUGAAAAAAGCGAAUAUUUUCAAGGAAUGUUUAGCUCGAAUUUUGUGGAAAAAACGGAAAAUAUUCGGAAUUUUGAAAUCGAUUCGGAUCCGGAAACAUUUCGAAUAUUUGUUCAUUUACUUUUGGGAUGUUCGGGAAUUUGUAGCACUGUAGUUUCAGCUGAGCAAUGCGCCAAUUUACUUGAGGUAGGUUCAAUUUUCAGCAUUUUUCAGAGACAAAAAACUUUUUACAACAAGUUUCCUAUUAAAUAAUGUUGCGAAUAAUAUUCUUGAAUUAAUUUCAAAAUUUCAAAAAAUUUGACAUUUGGAGUUUCGAGAAACAAUUAUUUUUUCUUGAAAAUUUUUCUGAACUUUGAAUUUUUCAGUGUCCCUACAUUUUCCAAACAUUUUUUGAUUUUUUCUAGUUUCCUAAUAUUUUCCCGACUUCUGAAGAUUCUGAAAAUAUGAUUUUUACUGAAAAAUUUUGAUUUUGAAAUGUGAAAACCGUUUUUCGAACUUUUUGAAAGAAGAGAUACAGAGACAAAAAUAAUAUAGAAAAUCAUCCCAGAUUCUGUAGAUUCUAAAAAAUAUAAUUUUUUUGUAAAAUUUUUGAUUUUGAAAUGUUAAAAAUCGUGUUCAAAAUUUUGAUAUGAGAGACGCAGAGAAAAAGAGAUGGCUCGCAAAAAUUGUACUAUUUCAAUCUCUUUUUCUCUGUUCUCUCUCCUUUUUCCAUUAUAUUUUUCUGUGCCUGCGAAAAUUAUUUUCAGCAUUUUCUACAUUUCAAAACCAGAAUUUUCUGGAAUUUUGUACUUUUUCGGAAUCUGGAGAGCGCGGGAGAAAAAUAAAUUUGAAAUUUCAAAUAUUUUUUAAAAAAUAUGGGAGUUUUGUAGAUUCUCAGCCAAAAAUAUAGGUUUUCAGCAAUCCAAAAAAAUUCUUCUCAAUGAAUGAAGUUCCACCUAAAUUCAAUGUUUAUUUCAGUUAUCCGAUCGAUAUCUUUGUCCCGAACUUUCAACAACACUUUGUGCAGAUAAUGGACCACUCAGAACAUUUUUAACCGGUCAAACUUUGUCUAUUCUUCUUCCAGUUGCACUUAUCACAAAUGCACAUCCAACGUGAGUUUUUUUGAAUUUUUGUGCUGUAAUAUGUGUGGAAAAAAUAAAUGUAAUAGUUUUCAAAAAAUCACUGUUUCAAAAAAAUGUUAAGUUGGGAAUUUCGAAAAUGGAAAUCAGUGUCACUUUGUGUAUCGAGAGUAAAUCCUCUAAAUUAAAUUUUUUGAAGAAAUUUCCAGAAAAUUCACUGUUUCAAAUAAUUUUGAUUUGGAAAUGUUGAAAAUUAAAAUUAUUGGCAAUUGACCUUGAAUAAAAAACAUUUAAAUUUCGUGCCAGAAAAAUUAUACCAAUUAAAAAAAUAACUUCGAGUUUCCAAAAAAUCUCCCAAUUUUUCCAGAUUAUUAUCUACCGUAUACCUCACCCUCGUUCGUUUUUCCUCAUCUUCUGACGUCACAAAAUCGCUUGAAUUUAUUUGUAAAAAUACGAAUCCAAUUGUAAUUAAUACUUUCAUGACUAGUUUUAGACAAUUUUUGAUGGUUGAUUGA